ACAGCAGUUGUCAUCGAACAGUAUCCCAGAGGGGAGGAGGGGAGAUUUGUAGGAGAAAAAUAGAGAGUACAGCAACUUGGAUAUCUGCAAGGCCACUGCAAGGCUCCCGAAGGCCUGGAAAGAGACCAACUUCCACCCCAUGACGCAAAAGGACUCGAUAGGCAAGAGAAGACUCCAGAAAAGACGACAGCAGGUCAGGAGCAGGCAUGGUGUGCCGCUAGGAAUGCAACAUGGAAGGGGACACCAGUGACAAACGUGCUCCCAAAUUUUGGUGCAAGACCCUGACUGCUCCGGCCCCGUUUUCAGAUGAAACCAGCUGCCAGUGCCUAGCGCCACACGAGAAACUCACCAUUGCGCAGGCCCGCUUAGGAACACCAGCGGACCGACCUGUCAGAGUAUAUGCGGAUGGGAUAUUUGACCUCUUCCAUUCAGGCCAUGCGAGGGCACUUAUGCAGGCAAAAACACUGUUUCCCAACAGCUACUUACUGGUGGGAGUUUGCAGUGAUGAGCUCACCCACAAAUUCAAAGGCUUCACCGUGAUGAACGAAGCAGAGAGAUAUGAAGCUCUCAGACACUGUCGCUAUGUGGACGAAGUGAUUAGAGAUGCUCCAUGGACACUUACCCCAGAGUUUCUUGAAAAACACAAGAUUGACUUUGUGGCCCAUGAUGACAUUCCUUAUUCUUCUGCUGGCUCCGAUGAUGUUUACAAGCAUAUAAAGGAAGCAGGAAUGUUCGUUCCGACCCAGAGAACCGAAGGAAUCUCAACAUCAGACAUCAUCACCAGGAUUGUCCGUGACUAUGAUGUUUAUGCCCGACGCAACCUCCAGAGGGGGUACACAGCCAAGGAACUCAAUGUCAGCUUUAUAAACGAGAAGAAGUAUCGUUUCCAAAACCAAGUAGAUAAGAUGAAGGAAAAGGUCAAGAAUGUAGAAGAAAGAUCAAAGGAAUUUGUUAACAGAGUGGAAGAGAAAAGUCAUGAUCUUAUUCAGAAAUGGGAAGAAAAAUCAAGAGAAUUUAUUGGCAACUUCCUAGAACUGUUUGGGCCAGAUGGAGCAUGGAAGCAGAUGUUCCAGGAGAGGAGUAGCCGGAUGCUGCAGGCCUUGUCUCCGAAGCAGAGCCCAGUGAGCAGUCCUACCAGGAGCCGCUCUCCCUCUCGCUCCCCCUCACCCACCUUCGCCUGGCUCCCCAGCAAAACUUCGCCCCCGUCAUCGCCCAAGGCGGCCUCAGCCUCCAUCAGCAGCAUGAGUGAGGGGGAUGAGGACGAGAAGUAAAGGCGGCUGGCACAUGGCAGGAGCCGCGCCACGCAGGCUGAGGAGGCGGGCCAGGUCCCGGGGAAUGCCUGGCAAGAGGGGCAGGAGCUGCUGCUCUGCAGGUGGCCCCCGGGCUUUGCUAGGGGGAGGCCUUCGGACCGGCUGGCAGGUUCCGCUCAGCCCAAGACCUAGGCUCUGCAUGAAAGGCUCCUUGCUGCGCACUUCCUUAGCGUCAUUAGAAUCAUUCUACCUUAGCCGGGCUCUGGGGAGAUGCAGAGCACCGCUAAGAGACUUGCACUGAGUGGGGCAUCUUCUGCUUUGGUCCUGCCACCCCCCAGCAAGUGCACCACCUGUGCAAACUGCUGUUCCCCCAACCUGCUACUUCCGGCCCCGUAAAGGGCCCUGCACGUUGUCUCUCACCACCCCAGCUCUGCCAGAAUCAAGUUGUUUUAUAGAGAGGAGACAAAGUGCUUCUGACAUAGCCAAGUUAAACGCAGACUCCCGCCUUCUCGCUUUGACCACUGAGACCAGUUCUGCCAGUUCCAGGACAUGGAGCAUAGUAGCCCCAGCCUGGCUUUAGGCCACACAUGUAAGAGGCCAUCUAGAGUGAACCUUGAUUCCUCAUUCAGAGAAGUCGGUCAAAGAGAUUGCCACAUCAGGCUUACUAUCCUCCUGGCGAGACUUAUCCAUCUGUGGUUUGAUGUCAGAUUUUCCCAGAAAUUAUCUUAAUCACUGGGAAAUGCAACAAAGGGAAAAACUCUCAUGUAUAUAGAAAAGGGAGCAGUGUUUCUUUGGCUCCAAGUUAAGCAGAUGGUAAAUGUUUCCUAAAGCUUCUCCUUAAAAAGAGCUCUCAUGGAAUGGCUUUUCCCAUUUCUGACAAGUUAACCAUUUCAUAGACCUCAAGUAACAGUUCGAUGUACCAAAUCUCAUAGUGUACCAAUAGUGGGUGCUACCUGCACGUAUCUGUUCUAUGUAAGCCCCAAAUUUGCCAGCCAGGGUGUAUACCAUAUGCAAUAUUAAAAUAUGGUGGUGGCAUUUUAUAAUGUAUACCUCCCCUACUCUCCCCCAAACCCUCACCCAAAUCCUUGAUCUAAAGAACUGUGUAGUCCCCUUGUGAUUUGGGCUCUUUGUCAAAACCUCCUCCUGGGUUCCUGUAAAAAUGUCCUGUCCCAACCAAGAAGUUUGUCUGUUGUUCUCAUAUUGUCUCAUCACAUCUGUGGGUGAAGGAAGACUUUAACAAUGCACUAUGGGUGCCUCAGCUCUGAUGGUGGCAUGAUUGGUCAAGGUUGUAUUUUCAUUCUCACUAACCUGGCCAAGAGGGUGAAGAUGAAGCAUCCCUGUGGUUUGAAGCUACCGUUGCCUAAUCAAGGGGAGGAGAAGAGCAGACAGAACAAGCAUUGCCUAGCUGUCCCAAUAAAGCCAGGGACAGAACUGAGACCUGAAGAGAGACCCAAAUCAGUGACUUAUGGCUGCGGCCUGCAUGUCUGGUGACAGAAACACCCAUUUUCAGAGGCCCUGAAAGUUGGGCAAGCUAAUGAAGGUGGCACAUCUGUCCACCCUGGUAUUGGGGUUGAUCUUCCGCCCACCUGGAGGUGAGUGGUAUCUGCUGGGAAGUAAACCAGGUGGCUAAGAUAACAUACAAGCCCCUCGUUUGAGUCGCUUUCACGGGGACUCUGUCUAGCAGAGCUGACAGGACGUAGCAUGUGAAUUAUUUUUGGUGGGGGUACACAGAGCCAUGCUCAGGGCUUACUCCUGACACUGUGCUUAGGGAUCACCCCUAGCAAGCUUGGGGGACCAUAUGGUAUGCUAGGGAUUGAACCUGAAUCGGCCGUGUGCAAGGCAAGCGUCCUAUCCACUGUACUAUUGCUCCAGCCCCAAAGAUGUGGCAAGUGGGAAUGCAUUUGGUAAGCAAGGAAAACAGGAGCCCCGUUCUCCCACUCUAUUUGGUCAUUGCAUUAAACUGCCUGGCCAAACUCAUCAUGGUGCCUAACACCUCAGUUGAAUGACACUUGUAAAUGGUGAGAUAUACAGGGCAAGAUGAACAACAUGGAAGAAAAGGAGGAGGAAGAGAUGUAUUCAGGCAGUGCAAAGAAGCUUCUAACUGAAAUCAUUCUAGGACCUUACUUUACCUACUCUGUGGCCCAAUGCAAUCAUGCCCUUUGCCCAGAAGCAAAGGGUGCAGAGUUGCUCAAUCACGCUGAUGUGAGGUUUGUGGGCCUGACACACUCCAAUGACAGGUACCACUUCUGUGACCCAGAUUCAGUGUCAUCAUAGCUGCCAAUGACGGGAAAUGAGCAAAGCCCGGGAUAGUCCAGGGAUGAGGCAAAACUACCCACAACUGGGACUGAAUUCUCACCCCAUUAACUCCUUUCCUGACCUAUGCCAACCCCCUUCCCAUGCUAAGGCUGUAAGACCCCUGAGAAGGAAUGGAACCAAGAAGGGGGGCCCUGCAGGCCACCUCUCGGUGCAUCCUGGCAUUGGUCUCUUGCAGGCCCCUGCAUCACCCUUUUGCCUCCCGGAGGAGAUGGGGGUUCUCUUUUUUGUGGCCCACAGGCCACCAGGAAAGGCCUACAGUGAAUUAGUUGAGGCUGGAGUGACAGUACAGGGUGGAGAGGAAAGCAAAAAUGACCCCCAAAAGCAAGGCCAGAUUCUCUCUAUCCUAGAAAUGGAAGGAAACUUCAGCUGAGGGCCUGAGGACAACUGCCUGGGCAGAGCUGGCCAGAAGAUGGGCAAAAAUGGGGCACAGGGGGCAGAAGAAAAAAUCCCCUUCAUCUCACCCUUCACUCCUUUUCUUGUCCCCAACAUGCUCCCAAUCCUCACACAGGUAAAAGGCCUCGUCUCAGACACCUUAGCCUAGGGGGUCCCUGGCGUGAGGAAGUUUCCUGCCCCUUAGCAUCUGUUAGUCACCACAUCAUCUUCCCAGGGAAUCAAAAGCUCACCUUUCACCAGCUUGGAAAUGGCGUGGUGCCACGUUACAGCCCCAUGAAGGGCCCCUUUGUGGCGCGCUAGUUCCCGUGUGCCCGAAUCUUCUGAAGGCCAUGGAAAGUCACCUCACAAGAGUGGUCCUGAGGCCAUUCUCCAAGCCGCUGUGUGGGGAAGAGACCCCUGCCCUGUUACCCCGGCUUAGGCUUGAGUUGCCGUGUGUCUGCCCUGUGAGGGGGCAUUUGUUCUUCCUCCCUCUUCAGGACUGACUCACACGCCCGUGUAGCCCAGGGAGAGAAGCCGCACAGAUUCCUGCGGCACCAAGGCCAGGGGUUCACACGCUCCUGCUGGGCCGUCCGCAACGCGAACUUCUCUCUAGACCCGAGUCCUGUGGUGUGUCACUGCACUGUGUCUGGGAUAAAGCCAUAUACAGAACACAUGCGCUUCAGACGAUGCUGUGUCCGUAAGACAGGACAGCCGGGGAUUACCGGGGAGAUCAUGGCCUUCUGACAAGCCUUGGCUCUGGUGCUGAAUCACAGGAACCACUGGAACCCCCCAGCCGCACCCCUCCACAGCCCAACACAUUUCUAAAUAAAGGGACAGAGUUGCA